CGAAUGUGUUCAAGCCACUAACCGAUUUGUACAGCGCAUGCGCAGUGCAAGCCGGGCCCUGAACAGAGCGGGUCUGUGGACAAUCACAGGUCUGUAGUCCAUGUGCGCUUCACUUAACUCGCAUGGAUAAACUGCUCAAUGGCCGGUAAACUGCUGACUCAAGCCAGAGAGGCAACGUGUAGAGCUUAAAUCUCUUCAGAAAGGUUUUAGGUAUGGUGAUUCUCCAUUUAUAAGUAUUAAAAUCCAUGCUGGGAGAGAGUACAAUGGCAGUUCAUGGCUUCCAUCGGAGCUGAGGACUUGAGAAAGGGGGCAUCACAGCCAACCCUCGUUGUCCAAGCAAAAUCUGCAAUUGUGCAGUCGUCCAACACUCAUGCGUCUUCUGCUGUUCUUGAAAAGAAAUGGCAUCAUCCUUCAGCCUUUGUUGACUCCGUACCUCUGCCCCAUGUGAAAGUGGUGUAUGAGCAGCCCCAUAAUUUCUCAGGGAUAACUUCACAGCGUGCCUCUCCGUCAGUGCCUGCAGGGGUUGUACGUGCCCAAAGCACAGGUGCUCAUCCUUCCAGCAGCGGUGGUAGGGAUACAAGAGCACACAGUGUUGUCUCAAAGAGCUCAGUUCAUAUCAGUGGUCCCUCUACUGUAUAUCAAAGAACUUGUCAUCUGGAGCCAGUUAUUCACGGGUAUCAGUCACACAGGCACCUGAACCCGCUCAGGUUAAGGUCAAGACUUUUAGGAAAAAGAGCUUUUGCACCUCCGCUGUCAAUUUAUCCUCCUUGUCCCUCCCCACCCAAGACAUCCUCUCACAAAGCGUCUGUGAAGGUUGAGAAAAUCAUGCCUGCGAAUCAGUCUUACCCGUGGUCGAGGGGUAAGCUCAGAAGCAACGGCAAUGCGGUUAUACGUUCCUCCAGUGCCAAGGUGCCUACGAUUGCCAGGCUAGAGAUGAACGAUUUGAAGAAGUCUAGUGCUCUACUUUCUGGCAAGAGAGAUUGCAAAGCAGACAUACUAAAACACAGCCAAACAACAGUGCCUUUAGAGGAUAAAUACACAGACGUGCCUCCAAAUCAUAUUUCAGACUCGUCUGCGUGCAACAAGAUUGUGGCUGAGGAUGCUAAAGAGAAUGAGCACAUAGUGGAAUGCUGCGUGGGACAUGACGCCAGUGAAGCACCUCAGAGAGUGAGGAAAGUCAGCUCUGAGGUGGAGUUCACGGCAGCUGUACGAAAGCUCACUAAUAACCUGGUACACGUGCGCAACGGCACACUAAACGGUCUGAGUGGACCACUAACGGCCAACUUUGAUUCUCAGUGCAACUGGAGAGAAGUAAAAGCAGGUGCCAAUUCUGCAACACAAGCCUCGACAGUUUGCCUUAUUAAUGGGAGUGAAGAGUUUUACAUGGUCACAGAUCCCUCCAAUGCCCUUUGCCUAGAUGAAAAUUUUCCUAAUGAUGGAAUGACUCGGGACAGUACAUGUGCCAUUCCAGAGGAUAUUGAGUGCAGAAUGGACUCCCGUCAAUCUCCCACUGUUUUCUCAGUAAUGAACCAGAUAUCUGCCAUACACCUUACAAAGGACUGCUGUCAGUACACUUCAGAGGAGGACCCAAGCCAGUUCCCUAUGAGUCUGGAUGAGGGAAGUCUGUCUGAUGUCAGGGGGGUGUGUCAGGUGAAUGUUGCUGUGUUACAGAACUGUGAGGAAAAAGAGCUUCCACAUGAGUUUGAGAAUGUCUGCAGUGGCAAUAAUGAUGGUGGAUCAGAAUCCGAUGCCUCUUCAGCACCCUCUAUGGCAGCUUCAUCAAAUAUUGAGGAGCCCAUGAGCUGUGAGUUGGAGGAUGAUCGGGAGGUGAAGCCAGCACUGGUGCCUAGCCUGUUCCCCUUCAGGCCCCCUACAUUAUACUUCAGUACCGCCAACGAACGAGUGGAGUUGCUUCCUCUGGAGCAGAGGAGUCUCCUGAAAUGGAAAAUAAGUACUGUCACCCCUAACAUAGUCAAGCACACAAUCACUAGAUCCCAUUUCAAAGUCACCAAGAAGAGUCAUGACUGGCUGGGCUGCUGGGGUCAUCAUAUGAAGUCACCUGGGUUCAAGGCCCUACGAGAGUACCAGAAGCUGAAUCAUUUUCCAGGUUCCUUUCAGAUCGGACGGAAAGACCGUCUGUGGCGGAACCUGUCCAAGAUGCAGACACAGUUUGGCAAACAGGAGUUUGGCUUCUUCCCCCGUUCGUUUGUGCUCCCGCAGGACAUGAAACUUCUGAAGAAGGCCUGGGAGGAUGGAGGGGGCCGACAAAAAUGGAUCGUGAAACCACCUGCUUCAGCCCGAGGAAGUGGAAUUCAAGUUAUUCAUAAGUGGAGUCAAAUGCCACGCAAGAGACCUCUCCUUGUGCAGAAAUACCUUCACAAGCCCUACCUUAUUAGUGGGAAUAAAUUUGAUUUGCGUAUCUAUGUGUACGUGACCUCUUAUGACCCACUCCGUGUUUACAUCUUCAACGAUGGACUCGUCCGCUUCGCAAGCUGCAAAUAUUCCUCUUCAAUGAAAAGCCUUAGCAACAAAUUCAUGCACUUGACAAACUACAGUGUGAACAAGAAGAAUGCUGAGUAUCAGACCAACAGCGAUGACAAGGCCUGUCAGGGCCAUAAAUGGGCACUGAAGGCGCUUUGGCAAUAUCUGGAUUCCAAAGGAAUUAGCACCACUCUUCUCUGGGAGAAGAUUAAGGACAUGAUCAUUAAAACCAUCAUUGCGUCAGACCCAUAUGUAAACUCCUUGGUGAAGAUGCAUGUGCGUUCCCCAUACAGCUGUCACGAGCUGUUUGGCUUUGAUAUCAUGCUGGAUGAGAACCUGAAGCCAUGGGUUCUUGAAGUCAACAUCUCUCCCAGCUUACACUCCAACAGCCCGCUGGACGUGAGUAUUAAGGGCCAAAUGAUCCGCGAUGUGCUAAACCUAGCUGGUUUUGUGCUGCCUAAGAAAGAAGACAUUAUCCUGUCCAGCAGUAGUGGCAACAUCUCCAGCGGCAGUUUGCAUGAAGGAGUGCGAGAGAGAUCAAAAUCAGACCUGCCCGCUGAUGAGAAACUGAAGAGAGCUUUCUAUCUCACCCAGAACUUUGGUGACCAGGAUUUCUACUCCACAAUUCUGGAAGUGUUAACCCCUGACGAUGUGCGUGUUCUGGCUGAGAGUGAGGAUGAGCUGAGUCGUCUAGGAGACUUUGAACGCAUCUUCCCUUCCCCUGCCUCCUCCCGCUACCUCCGUUUCUUUGAGCAGCCUCGCUACCUCAACCUCCUCCUUAACCAGUGGGAACAGAAAUACAGUCAAAACCGGAGCAAAGGUAUCGAACUGCUGAGAAGUCUCUGUCAGAAAAGAGUACACUUGGGGAACCUUUCUGACUCUACACAUCAUUGGUCAUCAAAAUCCAAUCUUGGACACCGUUCAGACCUCCAGUGCACCACAUUUGCCAAGACAAUGCUUACAAAAUCAAGUGCAACAGUAAGUCAGUAUGUAAGCUCCCAGCUGGAUGGAGAUGAUGAAGAUGAUGAUGAUGAUGAUGAGUGGUCUGAUCAUGAUGUUCAGUCACUGACCUCCAGUAUUCCAGACAUGAGUCUGAUGGGAUUAGUGAGCCCAAAUUGAAAUGUGGCCAACGCCAGUCUGCCUCACCAGGACUAUCUGUGAGACUAGUCAUGUACUCUGUGAUAAGUGAACAUCCAGGACUUCCACACAACGCACAAAAAAAUUAAUACUUGCACAUUUGAAGAGUUUGGUAGAGGGUGUUUGGGUUUUUGCCUUAUGACAAGUUGCUAGGAACAAACGUAUUUUUACAUAAUUCUCUCCCCUCAGUUUGUUAAACAGGUUUUUGCCCCAUCAGGAAGUGGGGUUCAUAGUUGAUGGCCAGACUGAUGACUGUUUUAAUUACAUAUCUAUUUCACCAUUUCCAAGACUAAAGGUAUGCUUUUCAAGGGCGGACUGGUAGACACGUUUGAAGAACAAAGAUGUAUAUGCAUAUGCUGUGUUUUUUAUAUAUAUAUAUAUAUAUAUAUAUAUAUAUAUAUAUAUAUAUAUAUAUAUAUAUAUAUAUAUAUAUAUAUAUAUAUAUAUAUAUAUAUAUAUAUAAAAUAUGCAAGAUUUUGUUCUGCUGAAAGGAUCUGCCCUGGAGUCAUGCCUGAGUGCAUGAGCCAAUCAGAUUCCUUUCUUGGUUUGUUUACAUUUCGGGAAGGCCCACCACUGGGGGUCAGUACUACUUACUAACAAGUGAAUUUUGGAAAGAUAAUUAUUAUUAUUAACUGUAACAACAACAAUAAUAAUACUUAGUAAUUUAUAAAGUAAUGUCUUUCAUUUUAUCCUCAGUAAAUAAAGAGCUGGUGUAGGAUUUUCACAUUAAAGGUAUUUGAAAUAAA